AGGCGUGGUGAAGGGCGGAGCUUUAUCAACCACGUGACUGACGUCAAUGCGCGGUCCAGUGUGGAGGUAUGAUCAGUGUCUAGUUGGCAGUUGUCUGUAGUGUACAUAUAGGAGCUGUGUGAGGGAGGUGUGGCCAUGACCGGGAAAAAUCUAUGUAACAUCUUCCCGUGGAGUAUAAGAAUAUAUAUGAAUGUGUUAAGGGUGUGAAUAGUGAUGGAAGAUUAUCAGAAAUUUUGGCAAAGUGCUGAGCUGCAAAAGAAAUGUUCAUAGUUUUGAUGCAACAAAUAUAAUGAAAUAUUUCGCACUACGGCUGUCAUCUUUGGUGACAUAUGCCAUAUGAUUUUGAAGGCUGCACUGUUCGGCCUACCAGAGGAGAGGCGUGCAGUAAUGCAGUCAUGAGGCCUUAGUGUUAUAUGGCAAGUCGAACUGCCACCUUAGUAGUGUUCAUUGGUGUCAACUUCUAGCAUUGUGUGUAUGGUGCUACCGACCGCUGCCAUAGUACAAUGAUCAGGUGCUAUUCUAACGAUGUGUUGAUAUAACCUCUUGCCAUCUUUGUGUGGCGAUUGCAGUUGUAACUGAUGCAGUGUCAGUGACUGUUAUAGUGAUGUAAAGGUGCUAACCUUGUCGUUCCUUGCCAAAUGCUACCCAUGGUUCAUUACAGUCGUAUAGUGGUUUAUGGAACCAAUGUUCUGUUGUUAUAAUGGUGGUUUUCGUUCUCAUGGACAUGCUUAUGAUAGAGGAAUGAUGGCAGAAAGUAACAACCAUUUGUUAAAAGCUACCCAGCAUCUCUGUUCUAGUGUGACGUCAGUAUAUUCUCAAUGUGUACAUCUUUUCAACCUUGAUUAUGAGUCAUGGCAGUGUCGAUAUGAGGUGCCUUCUUACGGUCAAAGGUGGUCAUUGAGAAGCAUAAUUUCUUGAAUUUAUGCUGAUUAGGUAAAAGGCCUUUUUUGUGACGCCUUAAAAGCAAGUGCUAAAAUUACGGCAAGUGAUGGCAUUGACUUCACGGAGGCUUCCAUAUAAACAACCUAGUGUCAUUAGUUUCACCAAAUGGUGACAUCUUUGAAUGCACUGAGUACUUAAUUGGUAGCGCCAGGAGUAGCCCCUAGAGUCAGGGUAGGCCGUGGAAGUUCCUUCGGCCGGUAGUCACUCCCAGAAUGGCUACAAGACAUGAACCGUCUACACAUCACACUCAUGGAAAGAAACCCUUCAGUAAGAUACCGGCAAGUAACGGUCCGAGACCUGGUUAUCCGAGUGGGCAUGCAGGAGGUGGACCACCUGGGAAAGGAGGCCGACCCCCUUCCAACCCAGGCCCGGGUCCUACUCUACAAUACAGACAUGGUCCACACCCCCCUCACCCUUCUCACGCCCCCCAUGCACCGCACCCACCAACCUCACAGCACCACCAACAGCAACAGCAGCAGCAACAACAGCAGCAGCCACAACAGCAGUCACAGCCUCCACCACAGCAUCCUCCAGGUCCUCACCAUCAACCACAGCAGCAGCAGCAGCCACCACAGUCUGGCCCAUUACAGCCGAACCAGCAGUCUGGACCAGCAUCCCAGUGGGUGGGAUCUGGGCCGCACCAAAAACCUGGAGGGGGUGGGACAACUGGGUCUCAGUAUGCAAGUGUUCGUUAUCCUGGUCCUCACCCAGGCCAACCCCCGGCUGUAUCGCAACCCCCAGCUCCCUACCAACCGCCCCCGCCAUCAUACCAUCACCAG